GCCAAAAUCACCUACUCCUUUCCCUCCCCAAAUUUUGAACCCCCCCUUUCCUCUCAGUCUCAGUACCCCGAAAAGAAAAAGAAAAAGAAAGCGAAGAAACAGUGAGACAUAUAGAACAGAAAGAAAUCAAAGCAAAGCAAAGCAAAGAAACAAAUCAGAGAGACUAUAACAAACCAAAUCAAAGGCAACGAUGUUGAAGUAUUUCAGAGGAAGAGACAAUUCCUCUUCGGAUACUUCUCCUCAAUCUUCCUCAUCUCCUUCUCGCUCUCCUUCUGCGUCGCCGGUCACCGGUCCGGCGAGGCCGAUCCGACUCGUUUACUCCGAUGAGAAAGGAAAGUUCAGGAUGGAUCCGGAGGCCGUCGCCGCGCUCCAACUCGUCAAGGGUCCCGUCGGCGUCGUCUCCGUCUGCGGUCGCGCUCGCCAGGGCAAGAGCUAUAUUCUCAACCAGCUUCUUGGGAGGAGUAGUGGAUUUCAAGUAGCUUCAACUCAUCGGCCCUGCACAAAGGGGCUUUGGUUGUGGAGUGCACCGUUGAAGAGAACUGCUCUUGAUGGAACUGAGUAUAAUCUUUUAUUAUUGGAUAGUGAAGGAAUAGAUGCUUAUGAUCAAACGGGAACAUACAGCACCCAGAUAUUCUCCUUGGCAGUCCUCCUAUCUAGCAUGUUUAUUUACAACCAGAUGGGCGGCAUAGAUGAGGCUGCACUUGAUCGUCUCUCUCUUGUUACUCAAAUGACAAAACAUGUCCGUGUUAGAGCCUCUGGAGGAAGGACUACAGCUUCUGAAAUUGGGCAAUUCUCCCCAAUCUUUGUUUGGCUUCUAAGGGACUUCUAUCUGGACUUAGUAGAGGAUGAUAGAAGAAUAACACCCCGUGACUACCUGGAACUUGCUUUGAGGCCAGUUCAAGGUAGUGGAAAAGAUAUGGCUGCCAAAAAUGAGAUUCGGGAUUCUAUCCGAGCUCUUUUUCCCGAUAGAGAAUGCUUCCCCCUUGUGCGGCCUUUGAACAAUGAAAAUGACCUCCAGAGACUUGAUCAAAUUUCGUUGGACAGACUAAGGCCUGAAUUUAGAUCUGGACUGGAUGCAUUGACAAAGUUUGUUUUUGAAAGAACAAGGCCAAAGCAAGUUGGGGCAACUGUAAUGACAGGUCCCAUAUUGGUUGGUAUUACAGAAUCUUAUAUUGCGGCUCUUAAUAAUGGUGCAGUUCCUACAAUUUCCUCCUCAUGGCAGAGUGUUGAAGAAACUGAGUGUAGGAGAGCGUUUGAUUCUGCUACUGAUGUUUAUAAGUCUUCUUUUGACCGUUCAAAGCCACCAGAGGAAGUUACAUUAAGGGAAACGCAUGAAGAAGCAGUUCAAAAAUCCUUGGCAACAUUUAAUGCUGGUGCUGUCGGAGUUGGUUCUACAAGGAAGAAAUAUGAGGAUUUACUCCAGAAAUUUUUUAGAAAAGAAUUUGAGGAUUAUAAGAGGAAUGCAUAUAUGGAGGCAGACUUGCGAUGUUCAAGUGCUAUACAAAGUAUGGAAAAGAGGCUGAGAGCAGCUUGCCAUGCUUCUGAUGCAAAUAUAGAUAAUGUUGUGAAGGUUCUUGAUGCUCUUCUAUCUGAAUAUGAAGCAUCAUCUCAUGGUCCAGGAAAAUGGCAGAAAUUGGCUGUGUUUUUGCAUGAGAGUUUGGAAGGUCAAGUACUUGACCUCACCAAGAGGUUAAUAGAUCAAGUCAGAUCAGAGAAGAACUCCCUCAUGCUUAAGUGCCGUUCCAUUGAAGAUAGGAUGGCAUUGCUUAACAAGCAGCUGGAAGCUAGCGAGAAGUAUAAGUCUGAAUAUCUGAAGCGUUAUGAAGAUGCUAUCAAUGAUAAGAAGAAGCUUGCAGAUGAAUAUAUGAGUCGCAUAACUAAUCUGCAGGGAAAUUGCAGUUCACUGGAGGAGAGGAGUUCAAGCUUAUUGAAAGCCUUGGAUUCUGCCAAGCAAGAAUCUUUAGACUGGAAAAGAAAAUAUGAACAGUUCUUGACAAAGCAGAAAGCUGAGGAAGAUCAAGCUAGUUCAGAAAUUGCAGUUCUCAAGUCCCGAAGCAGUGCUGCUGAAGCACUGCUUGCAGCUGCUCGGGAACAAGCGCAGUCUGCUCAAGAGGAAGCUGGGGAGUGGAAAAGGAAGUAUGAUAUUGCUGUGAGAGAAGCAAAAUCUGCUCUAGAAAAGGCAGCAAUUGUGCAAGAACGGUCAAAUAAGCAAACACAACAGAGGGAAGAUGCUCUGAGGGAAGAAUUCUCUGGUAAUUUGGCUGAAAAGGAAGAGGAAAUAAAGGACAAGGAAGCAAGGCUGGCAUAUGCUGAGCAGCGUUUGACAACUCUAAAGUCAGAGUUGAAGGUUGCAGAGUCGAAAGUGGAGAGUUAUGAUGCAGAAUUAUCAUCGCUCAAGCUUCAAAUCAAAGAGUUGAAUGAGAAGUUAGAUGAUGUAAAUGAUAGGGCCAAAUCUUUUGAGAGAGAAGCAAAGAUACUGGAGCAGGAGAAGAUCCAUUUGGAGCAGAAGUAUGUAUCUGAGUUCAAACGGUUUGAUGAAGUACAGGAAAGGUGUAAAAUCGCUGAAAGAGAAGCUAAGAGAGCAACUGAAGUAGCUGAUAAAGCUCGGGCUGAAGCAGGUACUGCUCAAAAGGAAAAGAAUGAGAUGCAGAGGUUGGCAAUGGAACGAUUGGCACAGAUUGAGAGGGCUGAGAGGCAAAUUGAAAAUUUGGAGAGGCAUAAGAAUGAUUUGGCAGAUGAAGUUGAGAGAAUACGUGUAUCAGAGAUGGAUGCUGUUUCAAAAGUUGCACUAUUGGAGGCAAGAGUAGAGGAAAGGGAGAAAGAAAUAGAUUCAUUAUUGACAUCGAACAAUGACGAAAGGUCUACUACAGUACAAGCCCUUCAGAGUCUUCUGGACUCUGAACGUGCAGCACAUGCAGAGGCUAACAACAGGGCAGAAGCCCUCUCUCUUCACCUACAAUCUGCCCAAGCAAAAAUCGACAAGCUCCAGCAAGAGCUGACCAAAGUUCGUAUUAAUGAAACAGCACUGGAUAGUAAGCUUAAGACUGUUUCCCAUGGGAAACGUCCAAGGGUAGAUGACUUUGAAAUGGGGUUGGAAUCCGUUCAAGACAUGGAUACAAGUGACAAAAUUAUGAGAGGAAACAAGAGGUCUAGGAGCACAAAUAGUCCCCUCAAGUACAUGCACUCUGAAGAUGGUGGUUCGGUGUUCAAGGGUGAUGAGGAUAACCAUAGCCAGCAAACCAAUCAGGAGGAUUAUACAAAGUUCACUGUCCAGAAACUUAAGCAGGAAUUAACAAAGCAUAACUUUGGUGCUGAACUGCUGCAAUUGAAGAAUCCUAACAAGAGAGACAUUCUUGCGCUUUAUGAGAAAUGUAUUCUCCAGAAGUCAUGAAAAACUAUCGAGAAGUCAUUGUAAAGAAAAAGAUACGGUGCGUGUAAUCUAGAGGGAGUUGAUUUGAUAGAUUAGUAUAGAGCCUAGAGGAGUUAAGUUAUCAAGGGGUGACUAUAAAGGUUGCUUUUUUUACACUAUCGGUCACCGACAUGUGCAGAUUUAGGCUAGAUAUGUUAGUCUUUUUCGUCGUAAUUUAUUUUCUUUAUUUCUUAGUUGUGCCUUUUCUUGUGUGGGCAUGUUUUAUAGAGUUUGCUUGUGGUGACCUUGCCAUUAAUUUUUUUUUUCCCAGUCUGAUAUUUGUGGUUGGUGUGCGAAACAGAAGAUUUGCGUACUUCUUGUAUCAUUCGUUGGUCUAGUGUAGGGCCAACAUCAUUUUACUAAAUUUCCAUUAAUGAGGAAAUAGGAUAAUGUAAUGUUGGGUGACUCUUGCUCUGAUUUCCAUUACUUUUUGUUUCUUAA